UUAGUGUAUUUAGUGAAUGUCACUUUUUGUCAUUUUCAAAUUUCCCGCCGUUCCGUCCCCCGUACGUCCCGAUGCUCGCAGGGGAUGGAACCCAGAUGACAGAUGCCGGCAUCCGCCGGAUUACAUUGCUGGGGACACUGCAGGAGGGACAUCGCGGGAGUGCAGGACAAGGUAAGUGAAGAACAGAUGCUGGAGCAGCGCUGCAUGGUAAGCCCGAGUGUAGCUCGGGGUUACCGCUUUUGGUACUGAAACUUUACCCUGUGCUGAGCACAUCAACUGCUGGUGUGCACUGAAGGGACACAAUGAUGGUGAUUUAUUAAAACUGGAGACUGCAAAAUCAGGUGCAGCUAUGCA